AUGUCUCCUACUUCACAGUUGUCGACCACGGUCGAGGAUAUCCCUAGUCUUUGGCAACCUAGACCUAAGCGCAAGUGCCCUCAUUGCCAGUACUACCCUUUCCACCAGGAGCAAAAGGUAUGCGAGGUUUGUCAGUUCAAGAUGGGUGUAAAGGGCGUCAAAGCUUUCCUUGAAGGUGGUGAGAAGAACUGGGUUGUGUACCACCUGGUUCGUCAAGGAGAACUUGCCGUCCGGGCCAUUUUCGAAGACCAUAUGCGCUCACGACUUGUUAACGAGAACCGCUGUCGCCGACUUGACUGCGCGGAAGAGAAAUUGACAUUCUCUGUCUAUGUUCACUGCGACAAAUGCCGAAAGAGGCUCACCAAAAAGGGUGACCUCGCUGCUGACAAGAAGGAUCCACGAGCUGCUCCUGAAUCGUCUGUCGCUAAACUGGUAGCUUUGGGCUAUAGUGAGACGGGAUUUGCGAUGAGGAUUGCCAAGAAUGAGACUUGGGUUUUGCCAGAGGAUUGGAGAUGGGAGAGUUCCUUGGGCCAGUUUGUGCAUCCUGAACACAAGAUCUAUACCGGCAAUUUGGACCCUGAGGAAAUGGUCUAA